GGCAGACUCAAACCCAUCUACGGAUGAUAAAAGCGGUCUCAUAGAAUCAAUCGCAAAUAGAGUCAUAGAACUGUUGAGCAACCAACAACCUGCACAAGAAGACAAUGUACCAGGAAAUUCUGACGAAUCUGAAUCUGACAAUGAAAUAUCAUUCAAAACGUCUGACAACCAAGCUGAAGGUAUGACAACUGGAGCCUUUUCCUUUCAAAUACCACUUGACACGCAUGUGCCACAACAAACCGAACAAAAAAUAUGGGAUAAUAAGUUUGUUGAUUUUGCUUCCUUACUCCCCAAAAAUAGUUGCAAAAAAGAAUCAGAA